AUGGGCCAUACUGGCAGAUAUUGCUCCAUCAUGCUGCGCACCAUUAUCUUCAUCGCUCUCCUGGGCAUCGUGUCGGCGGAGAAUGGAUCUGCUGGCUGGUUGCGUUAUUCAAGAUUACCCAGUUCUGUUGUCCACAAGUUCGACCCUCCCACCCGGAUUGUCACUCUGAACGCAACUAGCUCCAGCCCUGUCUACAGUGCUGGAAAAGAGCUGGAGAAUGGCUUCAAAGGUCUCUUUGGCAAAGAUUUAACGCACCUAUCAAGCGGUUGCGGCCGCUCGUCUUCCAUCAUCGUUGGCACUUUUGACUCGUUUACUGCUGCCUGUGGACCGCUUCCCAAAGAAGUAGUCCUUGAGGUUGAUGGAUUCUGGCUGAGCACCGAGGGCCACAGCGUACGUAUCAUUGGACAAAAUGAGAGAGGGGCGCUGUAUGGCACUUUCGAGUAUCUCUCGAUGCUGGCCAGGGGAAACUUCUCAAGUGUGUCCUACGUGUCCAAUCCGAGCGCUCCAGUCCGAUGGACCAACGAGUGGGAUAAUAUGGAUGGAACUAUCGAGCGCGGUUAUGGAGGACUCUCUUUCUUCUUCGCCAACGGAUCCAUUCUGCCAGACUUGACACGUGCUGCCGAGUACGCUCGUCUGUUAGCAUCAGUCAAGAUCAACGGAGUUAUUCUCACCAACGUGAACGCGGACCCGGCUACUUUGAAGCCCGAAAAUAUCAAAGGAUUGGGGAGAAUUGGCGACGCCAUGAGGCCAUACGGCGUCCAGAUUGGUAUUGCCCUCAAUUUUGCUUCCCCUCAAACGCUCGGCGGUCUUCCCACAUUCGAUCCGCUGGAUGAAGAUGUCAUCUCAUGGUGGCACAAUGUCACGGCCGAGAUCUAUGGCGCUGUUCCGGAUUUUGGGGGAUUCCUCGUCAAAGCAAACUCCGAGGGCCAGCCAGGACCACUCACGUAUAAUCGAACGCUGGCGCAAGGGGCUAACCUGUUUGCCGAUGCCGUCAAGCCGUACGGGGGCAUCGUCAUGUUUCGCGCGUUCGUGUACAGCCUCUUGAAUAUCAGCGACUGGCGGGCCGACCGUGCGAGUGCCGCAUACGAAGCGUUCCAGGGCCUCGAUGGCGCGUUCAAAGAUAAUGUCAUCGUGCAAAUCAAGGCCGGUCCUCUCGACUUUCAAGUACGGGAACCUGCGUCGCCGCUUUUCGGCUACCUUCGCAAUACCAACGUUGCCAUCGAACUACCUGUCACCCAAGAGUAUCUAGGCCAACAGAGCCAUACGGUUUACCUGGCCCCUCUUUGGAAAUCGGUCCUCGACAUGGAUUUGCGCGUGGAUAAUGAAUCUUCUCGUGUUAGCGAGAUCGUCACCGGGAGGCGCUUUAAGCGUAAGCUCGGAGGCUUUGCAGGCGUGGCCAAUGCCGGCAACAACGUCACCUGGAUGGGAAGCCAUUUAUCCAUGUCCAAUCUGUACGCCUAUGGGCGUCUGGCGUGGGACCCGACUGAGGAUUCAGAGACCAUCGUUCGGGAUUGGAGCCACCUCACCUUCGGCCUCAACCCCAAGGUGACGGAUGUUGUCACCCGCAUCCACAUGGAGUCUUGGCCUGCAUAUCUGAACUAUAGCAGCGGAAACACCGGUCUGCCGACGCUGACGGAUGUGACGAACAAUCACUUCGGUCCUAAUGUACGUGCGCAAGACGACAACGGGUAUGGCAUCUGGACACGAUCCGACUCAUUUUCCAUUGGAAUGGACCGCACCGUCCGGAAUGGCACCGGGUUCUCCGGCCAGUACCCGCCUGAACUUGCUGUGAAGUUUGAACAUAUCGAUACGACGCCAACGGAGCUUUUGCUGUGGUUCCAUCAUGUCAAUUAUACCCACACUCUUCCAACUGGGCAGACCGUCAUCCAAUAUAUGUACGACACGCACUAUUCCGGCGCGGAGGUUGCUCAGACAUUUCCAAGCAUGUGGAAGGGCUUAGAGAAGGGAAUCGAUCAGCAGCGGUUCCGGGAAGUCUUGCACCAGCUGACCUUCCAAGCCGGCCAUGCGAUCGCCUGGAGAGACUCGAUAGUGGACUACUACCAUAACCUUACUCAAAUUCCCGAUGAGAAAGGACGGGUGGGGAAGCACGAGUGGCGUAUCGAGGCCGAAUCGAUGACAUUGAAUGGUUACAAGAUCAUCAGCCCCGACCCGCCAGAAUCCGCGUCGAACUUCUCGCUUGUAACGACAGUCACAAACACCACCCGUGCUACGGCGAAGACAAAGUUGCAGGUAAAAUCCGGGCUUUACGACAUUGUAGUCGUCUACUUUGAUCUCGGUGGUGGAGUCGCAAAGUGGGAGACUCACCUGGACAAUCGGUUACUCGGGAAAUGGCAAGGGGAUAACGAGUACACACUGAGCCAUGCGGCCACGCAGGAACCGGACGGUGCUUCGAAGGCUAGGAUUACUUUCAAUGACGUGCAUGUCAAGAAGGGCGAUACACUCGAAAUUGUCGGUGUUGGAGAUGGCCUGGACACAGCUCCCCUUGAUUACGUGGCUGUUUCCCCACGCGGUACAAUGGACUAG